GCACCUCUCUCUUCAAGACACACCCCCCUCUUCCUCCUCGUUACUCUUUUAGCAACCUUUUUCAAUUCGUGAAUUGACUCCUUAUAAUUGCAUGGCCAGUACCAACACAUCAUCCGGUAUUGCUUCAAUUUGGACGGGCGAACCAACGUAAAAAAAAUACGAGCAUCUCUCAUUCUUGUUCGUGUAUAUAGGCUCGUGGGAGACGUUACUUGACCCACAGGAAAAGGCAUCUUAUGUAGGAUUCUUUCGAACGGCCGACACUGAAUCCAAAGGUGUACUUCUCAAAGAUGAAGCCAUGGCUUUUUUCAAAAAGGCCAACGUUCCCAGCAACAUUCUAAAUGAGAUAUGGGAUGCUGCCGAUGGUGACAAAAAAGGGUUUCUGACAGACCAAGAGUUCUGUAUUGCACUCAAAUUGAUUGCUUGCGCACAACAUGGUAUUAUUCCAGCAAGUCCUGUAUUGAAGACAUCAGUACCGUUACCUCAACUUGACGGCGUGCCAGUGCAAACACCACCUCCUGUACUCAACACCAACCGCCCUACACCGGCAAGCCCAAACUUACAAGCCAACAACAGUGGCAACGAUGCAAUUCUACCCGAAGAACGCAACAAGUACAUUAACAUUUUCCAGUCGUCGGGACAAGUAGACGGUAUUUUGCAGGCAGACAAGGCGCGAGAUAUCUUUCUACAUUCCAACUUGCCACCAGCAACAUUACAUCAAGUCUGGGCGUUGGCAGACACACGUAAAUCGGGUACACUCAACCAAACCGAGUUUAUCAUUGCCAUGCAUUACAUAUCGCGCGUCAUGACGGGCCAUCCAUUGCCUCCUACGUUACCAGCGCCCAUUUAUGCCGCCGCUGCAUCGGGCCGUAUGCUAUCCCCUGUCAUGGCGAACCGGUCGUCACCGACACUACAUCGACAGGCUACGGGCGUAUUCACAGGUCAACAAUCACAUCAUCCCGGACGAAGCGAGAAGGAUAUUUCGCCCGAUGAGUUUGUGAAAUACAAAGGGUUUUUUGAAAAGUUGGAUACGAACAAGUCGGGCAAUAUUUCUGGUGCGGAUGCAGUCGUCUUUUUCAGACAUUCCAAGUUGCCUGAAGCGGAUCUGGCGCGAAUUUGGGAUUUAGCAGAUACACAGCAAGCGGGUCAAUUGGACGUGCAACAGUUUGCAGUGGCUAUGCACUUGAUAAACCGAAGGAUAGCAGGCGGGCAAAUCCCCAGCGCACUUCCAGAUAACGUAUUCACACAACAACCCGCAUUCGCAAAUGCUGCAGCUGCACCUCAACAACCUGCUGUCGACUUAUUGGAUUUAGGAUCAGACGCGAGCCAAGCACAGCAACAACCUCAUCCACAGCAACCGGUAGCAACCGGCAGUACCAUCGCAACACAACGAUCCGACGUUGAAGCCAACUUGGCAUCUGUCCGGGCAGAAACAUUAGCACAAACUGACCGUAACAAUCAACUGCGAACGCAACUCAAUCAUGAGAACGACGCCAUUCGUGAGCUCGAACAAGCACUGGAGCGAGAGAAGGCUACGCUAGAAUCCCUCAAACAAAAUGCGCUAGAGGCUGAGCGUCAGCUGGCCCAGGCAAAGGAAAAGAAGGAAGGAUUGACACAGGAACUGCAAAUGUACAAGCAAGAAGCCAACCAUUUCCAGCAACGUGGCGAUAAAGCUCGGCACGAACUCCAACAGCAGCAACAACAGCAACAACAACCUUCCAACUCAAACACAGCUACAUCAACGGACCAGCAACAACAACAACAACAGUCAUCAUCCGCUUCCUCCCCAGCACCUUCAAAUGACUUUUUUACGUUAUCCAGUGUACCUGCUAACGAGCUGUUUGCAAAAGUCCCAGAAACAUCUCCUACAACGAGCCCACAUUCUGCCGCCAGCCCUGCCCGCAGGACGUUUGAUCCCUUUGCCGGGUUUAAAGAGAGCAACAGUAAAUCAGCUACAUCAUCACCUACCGUGUCACUCAAUAGACUCAAAGAAGAUGCAGUGGCCAAACAACAAGCACGAGCUGGCACGCCCAAUGUCGAUAUCAGUGCUAUUGAAGCCAAAUUCCCUGACCUAUCCACUAUGGAACAAAACUUCCAAACACCCGCUAGCACCGGUAAUUCCGCUUCUGCUUCUGCUGCUGCUACUGCUGGUGGUUCCUCCACACCAAUCCAAUCCCACGCAACAGCAGGAACACCUUCAACGCCCAAGCAAACAUUCGCAUCACCAUCACCUCGACAGCAACCCUCACAACCCUUUACUGCCUCACCUCGACAACCAUUUGCCGCUUCUCCUCAGCUACAACAACAACAACCCAACCCGGCAUUUUCACCAUCACAAGCAAAGUCAGUAGCGAAAUAUGGAUUUGAUCUAUCUGCUUUUGAAGGCGAAUCUUCCACAGCUUCUACAACACCAACUGGACACAGCAAUAAUAAUAGUAGUUCUGUCAAGGACGACCUCAACUCCUUAUUUGGCAGUCCAAGUCCUGCCCAACAACAGCAACAACCUGGACCUGAAGCUUCCAAGAACAACAACAGCAGCAAUUUUGAUGAUAUAUUUGGUGUACCAUCAUCCACUUCUUCAUCACAACAGCCACAACAAAGGCAGCAACCAGAGAGAAAGCCAACGUUUGAUGAGAUGUUCUUCCCAUAAAAAAACCAUGUUAUAAUAUACUUAUCAUGAUCAUUAAUAACAUAGCCUUGUACAGACGUAUUACUUCCCUUUUCUCUUUCUUUUAAUAUUAUCGCUAACUAGACUUGUUUAAAUCCAUCUAUACACACCGGCAUCAUAAGUGUGCGGUUAUGAAUGGGUCAUUCAAAAAGAUGCUAUUGUCCAUCCGCACGCACGAAGAACAUGCUCCUGACAAAUUAAUAUAUAGCAGGGCAAAUCAAUUACUUUCGAACGAUAUUCUAUGCAAAAGAUAGCUUGUACAGUAUAUUGGAUAGAGAUGUAUCUAAGAGACCGUUAUCAGUGUUACUUUUAGACGAGAUACCACUAUGUAGUACAACUACAGCUUACAUAAUUAUGAUUGGGAAAACCUCGCAAUUUGCCGUGUCUGAGAGAGUGAGGAGCCCUGCUGACUUUAUCAGUUGGAUAAAAACCUUUGCAAUCAUGUGG